CACUCAGUUCUUUCAGCUGGAACAAUUUGGAACAUUUGCCCUUUUAAUGAAGACCCCGGGGAACCUAAAUGAAGAGUUCAGUUGGAAAACUAGUUAAGAUCAUAGUAAAAUUGACUGUCACUUAAUCGGAGGGGGGUAAAUAGAUGUUUUAAAAAAGCUGAGUGUUUCCAGCAUUUUCUGGUCUUAUUGCAAAGUUCACGUCUCCAGUUUCUAACAUAUCUUCAGGCUGUGCGGUGGCGUCGUCAGUGGAGAAGGGGAUUAGUUGCGAGCUUGGGAUUUAUCUCCCUCUCGCUGGCUGGUUUCUUCGCGUUGCUGCUGUACGCUGUCGGAUGCUGCCGAGCUCGGACGCUGCGACGAGGCGAGUGUUCUCCGGCCGUGUGCGGUCUCUCUGCCUCACACACACACACUCAAUCAGAGGCAGCUCCUGGUUCGUGUCACUAACCAUAACUGAGCUGCGAGCCAACGGGUCGGGGACACUGCCCGGCCGCCGCUCCGAGAGAGACCAGCGCCGGUCCGGGUGUGUUUAAAUCUGCCGACUCAGACCGAAUGUGUUGUGUUUGGCGCAUUACGGAGGGGACAGGCGCCGGCAAAGGCUGGGGUUGUUCCAGUAGGUGUUCAGUACUGUAACCUGGCAUGGAAUGGGGCGGCAGCCACCGACUGCUGGAUCCCAAAAAACGGUGUCACUUGAUUUAGAGAGGACGGGAGAGUGAAGGGGACUGGAGUCACCAUGUACUGCGACUCGGCCGUGUCACUGAGGGACAGGAAGGCUGCACUCUGGCUCCUGCUCGACAUCUUCAUCGUGACCUCGCACAGUUCUCAACAAGUCCUCAGGAUCGGAGGCAUUUUUGAAACUACUGAAAAUGAGCCAAUCAGUAUUGAAGAGAUGGCCUUCAAGUUUGCAAUCACCAGCAUAAACAGAAAUAGGACACUGAUGCCUAAUACCACGCUCACCUACGAUAUACAGAGGAUUAAUCUUUACGACAGCUUCGAAGCUUCCAGGCGGGCUUGUGACCAGCUUACUCUUGGAGUAGCAGCUGUGUUUGGACCUUCACACAGUUCUUCAAUAAGUGCAGUUCAGUCUAUCUCUAAUGCAAUGGAAGUUCCACACAUCCAGACCCGCUGGAAACAUCCCAUCCUAGAUCAGAAGGACUCAUUCUUCAUCAACCUUUAUCCAGAAUAUACAUCAAUUAGUAGAGCUAUCCUGGAUCUGGUGCAGUAUUACAAAUGGAAGACAAUUACCAUUGUUUAUGAAGAUAGCACAGGUCUUAUUCGUUUACAAGAAUUAAUGAAAGCUCCCUCCAGAUACAACAUUAAAGUAAAAAUUCGCCAGUUACCAUUCGGUAACAGAGAUGCCAAGCCUCUUCUGAAACAGAUGAAAAGGGGAAAAGAGUUCUACGUAAUAUUUGACUGCACAUAUUCAACUGCAGCCCAAAUAUUGAAACAGAUCCUUUCGAUGGGAAUGAUGACUGAAUAUUACCAUUACUUCUUUACCACACUGGAUCUCUUUGCAUUGAAUCUAGAACCUUAUCGAUAUAGUGGUGUCAAUAUGACAGGGUUUCGCCUCCUAAAGAUCGACAACCCACAUGUUGCCUACAUUAUCGAGAAGUGGUCAAUGGAACGACUUCAAGCGCCACCCAAACCUGAUUCUGGACUCCUGGAUGGGAUGAUAACAACAGAUGCAGCCCUGAUGUAUGAUGCCGUGUACGUGGUUUCUGCAGCCUUCCGACAAGCCUCUCAAAUGACGGUUAGCUCCUUGCAGUGCCACAGGCACAAGCCCUGGCGCUUCGGAUCCAGGUUUAUGAAACUUAUCAAAGAGACUCAGUGGGACGGCCUGACCGGUCGAAUUGCCUUCAAUAAAACUGACGGAAUGCGGAAAGAUUUUGAUUUGGAUAUUAUAAGUCUAAAGGAGGAAGGCCUAGAACAGAUUGGAUUCUGGAACUCAAAUACAGGACUUAACAUGACAACCAGCCUAAAGGACAAGCCCUCCAAUAUCACUGACUCGUUGGCCAAUAGGACUCUCAUAGUUACAACUAUUUUGGAGGAUCCGUAUGUAAUGCACAAGAAAUCUGACAAGCCCCUUUAUGGGAAUGAUCGUUUUGAAGGUUAUUGCCUGGAUUUAGUGAAAGAAUUAUCAAGCAUUCUGGGCUUCACUUAUGAAGUUAGACUGGUAGCUGAUGGAAAGUACGGGGCUCAGAAUGAAAAGAGCGAGUGGAAUGGAAUGGUUGGUGAACUCAUCAACCAUAAAGCAGAUUUGGCAAUUGCCCCUCUCACUAUUACCUAUGUACGUGAGAAAGUUAUAGAUUUCUCUAAACCUUUCAUGACCCUGGGCAUUAGUAUCCUCUACCGUAAACCCAAUGGCACGAACCCGGGCGUUUUCUCCUUCCUGAAUCCGUUAUCCCCUGAUAUUUGGAUGUAUGUGUUGCUGGCAUGCCUUGGGGUCAGUUGUGUACUCUUCGUUAUUGCCAGGUUUACACCAUACGAAUGGUACAAUCCCCAUCCUUGCAAUCCUGAGUCGGAUGUAGUGGAAAACAAUUUUACUUUACUAAAUAGUUUCUGGUUUGGAGUUGGAGCGCUCAUGCAGCAAGGAUCAGAAUUGAUGCCCAAAGCUCUCUCCACUAGAAUAGUGGGUGGAAUCUGGUGGUUUUUUACAUUAAUCAUAAUCUCUUCGUACACUGCCAACCUGGCUGCCUUUCUGACUGUAGAAAGAAUGGAUUCUCCCAUAGACUCUGCCGAUGACUUAGCCAAGCAAACCAAAAUAGAAUAUGGUGCUGUCAGAGAUGGAUCCACAAUUACUUUUUUUAAGAAAUCAAAAAUCUCAACCUAUGAGAAAAUGUGGGCGUUCAUGAACAGUCGAAAGCAAACUGCUUUCCUGAAGAAAAAUGAAGAGGGAAUUCAACGUGUUCUCACCACUGACUAUGCCCUUCUGAUGGAGUCAACCAGUAUUGAAUAUGUCACCCAGCGAAACUGCAACCUGACGCAAAUUGGAGGCUCAAUUGACUCCAAAGGAUAUGGCGUUGGAACACCUAUAGGGUCUCCGUAUAGAGAUAAAGUCACAAUAGCUAUCCUACAGCUUCAGGAGGAAGGAAAACUACACAUGAUGAAAGAGAAAUGGUGGCGUGGCAAUGAGUGCCCGGAAGAGGACAACAAAGAAGCAAGCGCCCUUGGUGUUGAAAACAUAGGAGGAAUAUUUAUUGUGCUUGCUGCGGGACUAGUGCUCUCAGUCUUUGUAGCUAUCGGUGAAUUUGUAUACAAAUCCAGAAGAAACAGUGACGUUGAACAGUGCUUUACAUUCAGCACAGUGAUCGAGGAGCUCCGUAUUUCACUUCGCUGCCACAAAAAGUUGAACAAAACUUCCAGAACCAGGAGAAAAUAUGCAUUGUCAAGCAUCCUCAUGUGUCAUCAAAGGCGGAUUGUGCGAAAAGAGACAAUAACAUGAAGUUGACAACUGCAUUCGGCAGCAAAGACUUCUUCAUGCCGUCUCCAAUUCUGCUUUUACCUCAUGGAAAAGAUGCCGGAUUCUUGAGACUCUUGACACAAAACAUAACGUUGGAAUUUAAAGACUCGUGGAGCUGAUUCUUUUUCUAAAUAAUCAAACUAUGGUGAAAGAAUUUGUGAUCAAUUGUUUCCUUAUCCAUUUGCAGAGUUGGGGAGUUAAUUGAUUGCCUUUGUAUUAACUGAUGUCAAGGUCAAUGCAGUUGAAAUAGUUGUGUGCAAGUAUCUUUGUAGCACGAGAAUCUGCUAAAGAAUAGUCAUUUUCUCUUGGUGCUUAUUGUUCAACUAAACACAUUUAUUAAAGUCUAAGUGAUGAAACAUCUUAAAAGAUCAAAUCCUUCUCCUCUGUAAUCAUUGCUACCCUGUAUUAGCUGCAGCAGAUACUGUAGUUGAUAAAAGACAAACAUGGCAUUGCUAGUUUAAUUUAUAACAUUUCCUGCUGAAUUCACCACUAAAGUCAAUCAUUUUGCUGUAGAUCAUUGGAUUAGAUCCUUGUUCUCCAUGACAUUUGCUAAAUGCAAUCUCCUCUUCUGUUUCACCCUUGGUAGAAUGAUUUGGGUAUUCACCAUUUGGUUCUGGGAUACACAUAUGAUAAAUUGUACUUUAUUGGAAUUUAUUUCAUUGUGGCAACAUCUAAGCAGUGAAUAAUUAAUCAAUAGACUGACUCAUCUGUUUCUGAAUGCAUUUUAAGUUUUAAAAAGAUUCAGAGGGGCCAGGAGUUUUGAAUCUUUACAAGUGUUGGCAUUUCUGCCUUGGUUUAAUCUGUUUUUGUUUCAUGAAUAAAACAUUGACAGCUUUUCAAAAAAUUGGCUACAUUAACUCAAUAUACCCAUAAUUUUAUGAAUGAACUGAGACUCAUAGAUUACUACAACACUGAAAGAGGGUGCUUAUUGAAUACCUAAUCCAGAAAACAAACACCCACAUAAAAUAUAUGCUGAAUAAGGUCAGUUUUCUGCAGCACUUCCUUCACGACUGAAAUGAAUUCCCUGAGAAUGCAGGAAAGUACCUGUGUACAGCAGAUAAUGUCCAGAGUUGGUGUGUCCAAAUUGCAACUUACUUGCAAGAGUGUGAUGUAGACAUUCAACUGCAGUGGGAGGAUACAGUUUUUAGGGCAAUCCAAUCACAACAGAUAAUACCAUACAUGAAUAUAAGCAAUAAUGGAUGAGCAAUAGGCCAUGGCUGAAUUGGGCAGAAUGCUUUGGAUUUUCCCAUGUGCAAGGAUACAGUGCUCCCCACUUCCUAUUACUAAUCGGUCUGAUGUUGAUGAAUGGGAGCUGAGAAGCUGUACCUUGGGUAGAAGUGGAGGCCAGUCAUUGAUCUGCAGAGCCAGUCCACUUUUAGUUUAGUUUAGAGAUACAGCGUUGAAGAAGACCCUGCAGCCCAACGAGUACACACCGACCAGCGGUCCCCACACACUAACACUAUCCUCAAGGCAAUAGAAGCAAUUUGCAAUUUUUACCAAGACAAUCAGCCUACAAACUGAACGUCUUUGGAGUGUGGGAGGAAACCGAAGAGCUCGGAGAAAUCCCACACAGGUCACAGGGAGAACGUACAAACUCCAUACAGACAGCACUCGUACUCGGGAUCGAACCCGGGUCUCUGGUAAUGCAGCAAUUCAACCGCUGUGCCACCGUGUCGCCCCAGUGAAAUUUACGAACAGUCUUGCACAU